AUGGAAACAGGCAGCCCUCCUCCACCAAAACAAUUCCCUCCCCCAGACGACUUCUCUCCGUACAACAAGCUUAAACAGUUCCGAAUGGCGGACUUCAUGUACCGCAAAGUCCAGAUGUCCGCUGGCGAAAUCAACGAACUAAUGGACAUUCUUGCGUCGGAGGACGGUGACGCGCCAUUCGCCGACGCGGACGAACUGUAUGCGACUAUCGAUGCGACAGAGCGGGGCCAUAUUCAAUGGCAGGCAUUCAAUGUCUCGUAUGAAGGAGAAGAUGAUUGCAACUCCCCAAAUGCGCUGACCUGGAAGAAAAAGGAGUACACUGUGUACUUCCGAUCCUCGCGUCCCAAACGUGUCUAUGAUGCAAACGGCGAACGCAUCUAUCAAGACUUCAUGUCGGGCCAGUGGGCCUGGCGCCAAGCAGACAAGAUUGCUACCGAUCCACAGACCCAUGGUGCCGUUUUCGUUCCUGUCAUUGGCGGAAGCGACAAAACGACCACAUCUGUCGCCACAGGCCAAAAUGACUUCUACCCGCUUUAUGUGUCCAAUGGGCUUGUUUAUAACACCAUUCGACGUGCCCAUCGCAAUGCACUUGAUGCAUCCCUAGCUGACCGAGAACACCAAAACGGGGCUGAUUUCCGUACUUUCCGACGACAACUUUUUCACGCGUCCCUUCGUCAUAUCUUCUCCUCACUCAAGGGCGCAAUGACAACACCAGAGGUUGUCUUAUUCGGGGACGGCCACUAUCGUCGUGUCAUUUAUGGACUCGGUCCAUACAUUGCUGAUUACCCCGAGCAAGUGCUACUAGCUUGUGUCGUUCAGGGCUGGUGCGCGCGAUGUCAUGCGUCCAAUAAAGACCUCGAUGGUGAGGGCGGACGACGCACACAACAGCAUACGGAGGAUCUCUUUGAUGCCUUCGACCAUAAGGCUCUUUGGGACCAAUAUGGUGUCAUUCCCGAUGUUCUACCUUAUACCUGGGACUUUCCCCGAGCAGACAUUUACGAGCUGCUUUCCCCCGACUUACUACGUCAGGUAAUCAAGGGAGCAUUCAAAGACCACCUUGUAACCUGUGUCAGGGAGUAUUUAGAGCUCAUACAUGGUAAAACCGAAGCGGCCAAGAUCAUGGCAGAUAUUGACCGGAGGAUUGCUGCCGUACCACCAUUUCCUGGCAUCCGUCGCUUUCCUGAAGGACGGGGUUUCAAGCAAUGGACGGGUGAUGAUUCGAAGGCAUUGAUGAAGGUUUACCUUUCUGCAAUUGAAGGCCAUGUUCCUCCUCAAAUGCUCCGUGCAUUCAGCGCAUUUCUCGACUUUUGUUACCUUGUGCGGCGAAAUGUGAUCAGCGAGUCGACACUGCAAGAAAUCGAAAAUGCACUUACCAGAUAUCAUAAGGAGCGUAUUAUAUUUGAAACAAGUGGUGUAUGCCCUGAUGGUUUCAAUCUCCCUCGUCAACAUGCGCUCACACAUUAUGCACUACUCAUCACGGAGUUUGCUGCGCCGAAUGGUCUCUGUUCUUCAAUAACCGAAUCGAAACAUAUCAAGGCCGUUAAAGAGCCCUGGCGUCGAUCAAGCAAGUACGAGGCACUGAGCCAGAUGCUCACUAUCAAUGACCGACUCGACAAUCUCGCUUCCACACGUGUUGACUUUGAGGAACGUGGCAUUCUCAAUCCCCAAGCACCUGACCCUGUACUUCCGCUUCCGCCUGCGGUUCAAGCUCGACUUCAAGCUCAUGAUACCGACGAUGACGAUAAUCCUGACAGUCCUGAGAUUGAGGGCGAGGUUCAUCUAGCAAAGCUUCCUAGUAUGUGA